CAUGGUCAAAAGGGGCUUUGAGUUCAGCCAGCGGAUGAGCGAAAUGCAGUGCCAGGUGCACAGCUUUGGCCUGACCCCCUACAAGCAGACAGGCCUCUGGCAGAAAGGACAGGUGCAGCACCAUGCGCUGUGGCUGGACUGGCACGAGCGACGCCCGGUCACCUCCUCGCAGAGACGGAGGAGCCCUUCCAAGAGGCUACAUCAGAUCAUGCAGGACUUCGGCCACAAGAAGAUCGACGUGUUGGAGGCGGACUUGGCCAGCGCCGAGUGGAAAAUUUUGGAGAGUAUCCUUGUGGAUGGCACCGUGGCCGCAGUGCACCAGCUGAUUCUCGCCAUCCACCUCCACUGGCCCGGCUUUGAGGUCAGUGGGAGCGAGGCAGCCGUGGUGCGGUACUGGUACAGCCUGCUGAAGGCACUAGAGGCCAGAGGGUUUCGGCUGUUCCAUAGCUUCAAGGACCUGCAGAAGCCGCAGCUCUUCCUGCACAAAGAACUCUUCAAUGCCAGCAGCUCCUACACCCUGAGCUGGGUCAACACGUAUUGGAUGUACUGAAAGGGGGCACACCGUGGGCAUUUGUGAGGAUGGAGCUGGGUAUUUUCAAACCUGGCUCCUGGCCGAGCUCGGAAUGGGUGUGCUUGUUAGGUCCCGGCUGGCCACAACGCACCCCGGGCGGAAUUUGUAUUUCUGCUGCAUUCCAGGGACGGAUGAUGCAGCCAAAGGGGUUCUGAAGAUGAAUCCAGGAAGUGCUAACAGAGGUCCAAGACCUGUGACUCUGACAGCAAAAGCCAUUCAGAUGGACGCUUUAAUGGGGACUAAAAACCAGCUUAAGAGACUCAAAGGUGCCGAGGUUCCAAAUACCUCCUCCCACAAGACCAUCUAACCACUGCUCUGGCCUUGAGCACGUGCAAGAGCUUGAGUGUCCAGCUCACGUCCUUCCUGAUGAAGCAAGGAGCAUGCCGGGGCACCGAGACCUGGCAGCACAGACAAUAAGAAGCCGAGCUGAUGCCUUGUGGGAGAAGGUACAGCAGUGCUUCUAACUGCUGUUUGUGUUGGCCCCCUGCUUCCAAAAGCCACCGAAAUGACCACAGCAGACCUGGGAAGGAAGGGAGAUGAAUUGCCAGUGCUCCGUUGUUGGGGGAGCCAUUCUAACCUGGAUGCAUCAACAAGUGCAUUUGCCAAAUGGAAGCGAGAGGCAGGGAAUCGGCAACUGUUGCGGAGCCCGGCAGCCUGUUGGCCUGUUGCUGUUAAGAUCAGCUGGGAUUUUCAGAGGAGGCUAAAGGAGGUCGGUGCCCAAUUCACACUCGGAUUCAGUUAGACCUUGGCACCUAAUUCCUGUUGGCACCUUUCAGACUUCCAGCCAACGACACAGACUGUUCCACUGAUGACACUGCUGCACCCACAUGCCGUCUAAAAAGUGGGCUGGAGAUCCCACGAGAGCUGGCUUUCUCUUGAGACACCAGCUCCUACCACUUGGGUUAGGCUGUCCUGACGCCUUGCCCGUCUCAUUGUAUUUCAGCUCAUCUAUUUCCGUCCAGAACCAGGAAGUGCAAAUUUGUAAAUGACUUUUAAAAACAAGGGGGGUGGGGGGAAGAAGCUAUUCACAUUUUUGGAAUCACCAAAGUAAAGUUCAGGUUUGAAUUCUGGGCGAAGGUUUGAGUCCGU